AUGUUGAAAAGACAAAGAGAAACGAGUUCGGAACCCGCUGUUAAGCAAAGAAGGUUGGAACAGAAGCUUCCCUCCUUACCAGUACAUGGCAAAAGACCUAUAUUGAAGGCAGGACUGUCAUGGACGGUCAAAGGAAAGGAUGAAGGUGUUACGGGCAUGCCAAGCAUUUACGAGAAAAGGCUAGUAGAUAUCCCAAUACCCGCUGCACGCUAA